UACGGAAUCAUUUAUACGGAGUGAUGUCGAGUAUCAGAGCCCCUCACACAGUGAGGUGUGAGCGAGCUCCACUGCGUGAUGUACAGAAUGAGAGAUCAGCGCAGCAGCAGACGUCGUCCAGUGUUAAAGUGUGUGAGGUGCAGUCUGAUCAGAAGGAAAAUCUCUCUGAAAACACACCUGGAACAAGCAUCACGUUUACAUCCUUCACAUGCGCAGGGGGAGAGGUGGAGAUCUCGGACAGAUCCGAUCUCUGCGACGAGUCCGUUCUAAUCGCUCACGACUCUCCGCGCACUCUUAAUAACACCACCCUGACGUACGAGAACGCCGAGGGCGAACGUGAGGAUCAUCCGUACUGCAGACACACCACCGACAGGAAGCAGGAGGACCAAAAACCCUCUGGAGAUCAGACUCCGAGUCACACGAACUCUACAGACGUCACCUUCAAAUCCUUCACCUGUCCCGGAGGAGAAGUCGAGAUCUCGGGCGAUGAAUCGGUCGUACACGAUGACUCGAUUGUCGCUCGAGAGCCAGAUUUGGAUAAUCUAACUCAGAGUUUUGAAGACGAGGUCUCUGAAGAACACACAGGGCUUCCCAGCCGCCAUUUUGAUCAUGUGUAUAGUAAUACUCAAACGUCUGAGCUGAGAUCUGGGAAAAUGGAGGAGAAUGAUGGUGGUGGUGAUGAUGAUGUUUCUGUAAUUCCAUCCAUCUCCAAAAAUGCACCAGACGUCACCUUUAAAUCCUUCACCUGUCCUGGAGGAGAAGUUGAAAUUGCAGAAGAAUCACUUCUGCAGUGUGAACCACUCAUGAAGAAUGAAUCACUCAAUGCUAACGAUUCAGAAGAUUCACAGAAUCUGGAAAGUGAGCUCUUUGAUGAACACACCGAGCUUCCUGGCCACCAUUUUGAUCAUGUGUAUAGUAAUACUCAAACGUCUGAGCUGAGAUCUGGGAAAAUGGAGGAGAAUGAUGGUGGUGGUGAUGAUGAUGAUGUUUCUGUAAUUCCAUCCAUCUCCAAAAAUACACCAGACGUCACCUUUAAAUCCUUCACCUGUCCUGGAGGAGAAGUUGAAAUUGCAGAAGAAUCACUUGUGAAAAAUGAAUCACUCGCCCAGGAUGAAUCACUCGUCACUAAAGAUUCAGAAGUGCAGAAUCUCCAAAGUGAGACCUGUGAUGAGCACACCGAGCUUCCCAGCCUCCAUUGUGACCACCCGUACUGUAACGACUUAACAGAUUCUUUUCCUGUACGAGUAAACGAUUCUUCCGUGCGUUCCACCGUGUUAGAUGCUAACACUCCGGAAGGAGUCAUUACCACAAACGACUCUUAUAACGCUCUAAACGGCUCCACUGCAGCAGAGAGACGAGAUGACGUCACGUUUCGCUUCUCAGGAGCCGAAGUGGAGCUCGAGAACACAUACAGAAUGGUGGACAUGUCCAUGCUCAUGAAGGGUUUAAACAGCGACGAUCAGGCCAAGUCCUCACCUAACAGCGAGUUAAGCGAACAUGGUGGAGAAAGUCUUGUCACUAGUGAACAAGAUUACCGUAUUUAUUGCCCGGUUGUAAAACACGAUCCAGAGUUGACGGUUUCUGAGAACGAAGCUCACCUCAGUGUGCACGUUUCCAACCCUGGGGGUUUGGAAAGCUCAGAAAGCACCAUGAGGAUUGAGGGAUCAGAAAGUAUGAAGCCUGAAAUGAUGGUACUCGAAAGUUCUUCAGACCCCACAGAGGUACACCAUGUCGAAUCUGUCCAGCAGCGAGAUCUCGACCAGCAAACGUCCGCUCGUCUUGAAGAAAAUGUGCUCACGGAUGAAAACACGCGCCUCAGAUGUGAUGUUGAGGAAGUGUUUUCAGAUCAGAAUGGUGAGAUAUGGUCUCAUUCCCAAUCUGGUGUUGAUAGUAUUCCUAAGAAUGUUGGUACUGCAGAAACCCAGACUGUGCAGAACCACAACAUAAUCAGCCAAAAUGCUGACGCGUGGACCCACGCCGAUCUCGAACUCCUGCGUUCUGAAAGCGUGGAUUUAGAAGCUCAGAUGAAAAUGUGGAGCCACAUCGUUCUAUCUGAACCUUCCACUCCUAAACAUUCAGCACUCGGUCAUCUCUGGAUUCCAGAAAGUCCCAUUCCUCCUCCGCAGCUGCACUCUACCGUACUUACCGCACCGCUAACUCCGAAACCCGCCUCCGAUCACGAGCUGCAGAGCGAGAAGGUCGUGAAGGAUUUCUCCGCAGUGGGAAAAGAACCUCUCCAAGAGCAGCUCAGGAAGAUGGGUGAACUCCUGAUCGCAGCCUCGGGGAAAAUCUCCGCCCCGGCAGCCGUGACGCCGGUGCAGCAGCACAGCGCCUGUGUGUGGACCACGCCCACCUCGCAGCAGGAGCGCAGCACCAACACGUCCGCCAUCAUGGAGGAGAGGAAGGAGAUCCACGUCUCGGACGCCUGCACUUCGACAGACUCUCUGCUCUGGAGUGUGAGUCGCAGUAAUCUGGAGUGUUUGACUCGCUCUGAGCUGGAGCAGAAGAUGAUCUCCACCCUCAUCAUGGUGGAGGUUCUGUCUCAGCAGCUCACGUCGACCCAGAACCUCAGAGGCAGAACCGAGCCCAGCCCGUCCAGCCUGAGAGACCGCCACGUCCAGACGGAGCGCACCGAGCUCAGCCAGACGGGGCCGUACAGAGAGCUGUAUGUGAGCGCACUAGAAAGAAUUCGAACUCUGGAGAUCGACCAGGAAACUUUUCACAACUUACACCAGGCCAUGCAGCUCAUGAGCAACGCCUUGGUGAGUAUUAAAUCAGAAACGGAGGAGGUUCUCUGCAGCAUGAAGGAGCUCGAAGGCAUCGUUACUGACGAUCAGGAAAUCCAGUCCCAGCAGCUGGGGCAGAUGAAAGCUCUCUCUGCUCGCUGUAUGGACACGCUGAGGAAGAUGGAGCAGAAGAACAGAGUGUGUGUGAAGGACAGAGAUGAUAUGAAGCAGCAGAAGGAAGAAGCUCUGGAGGAGAAAUCCACGGUGCUGCGGGUGCUGGAGCAGUUGCGUGUCCUUCACACCACACAAGUGUCUGAUCUCCAGCGUAACCUUGGAUCCCAUGAGGAACUGACAGAUGCACUUACACACACUUACCCACAGCUGGUGGAGCUGAGCAGGAUGCACAUGGACUCUGUGACUGAAGCCAACACACUGCUGAGAGAGACACUGGAGGAUCACACACACCUGUCAGCUGAGCUACACAAAGCUCAGCAGCUCCUCCAGAGGACGUAUCCGUUACUGCACCAACUUCAGCACAAAGCAUCAGGAGCUCUUCUGCAGAGCAGGAAACACCAGGAGGAGAGAGACCGGGCUGUAGAGGACCGACAACAGAUGGAGCAGCAGUUAUAUGACACACACUCCAGCCUGCAGGAAGCCCAUCAGCAGAUUGCAGAUCUCAACACACAGAUAACCAUCAUGAGUUCAGAGAUGGCGGUUCUGCGUGAGCAGCUGACUGAGGUAGAGGACGAGCGCUCUCAGUUCCAGAGGAAGACCACCGAGCUCUCUGCUAUAGUUUCCUCUACUCUGGCUUCUUACGCUUUCCUGGAGCAAACACUCGCCUCUGAGACCAGCAAAUUGCAGAGCUCAAUGCACAAAACUCAGGAGGCUACAGAGAGAGCAGACAGUGUCCAGGAAGCUCUGUGUGUGUGUGAGAGGAGGGUGGAGGAGUUGGAGCAGACGUUGGUGCAGAGAGAGAAUCUUAUUUCUGAACUCAGUGCUGAAACGGAGAGUCAGAGACUGCAGCUGUGCAGACUCGCACAGGUCCAAACUGAACUGUCUAACGUCAAGGAGAUGAGUGAGUUCCUACAGGCAGAGAAUGAACUGACCCGAGAGCAGUUGGCUGAGAGUGAGGGAUUGCUGCGUUCACACCUACAGGGACUGAGAGAGAGAAACCUGCAGUGUGAGGACCUCCGAGUGGAGUUACAGCAGCUACGUGUGGAGAAAGAGUGUUUGCAGCAGGAGCUGGUCAGUACGCGUGAUAAAGCCCGGCUCAUGCUGUUGGAUCAGGGAGAGCAGCUGGCUCAGGCCACGCUGGACACGUCCCUACUGCUGCAGCGUGUGUGUGUUCUCAUCAACAACACACACACCACUGACCAGCGCACGAGCAGUGAUGGUACGGUCCAGACUGAUCCUACAGCCCUCCCUCAGCCCUGCAGCUCCUUCCUUAACUCGGUCAUGAACGCUCUGACUGAGGAGCAGCCAUGUGUUACAGCGCCACCUACAGAAACAGUAAGUUGUGUAGAGGAAGAGGACCCGAUUGAGAGCAUGGGCAGCAGGAGCAGUGCCUUCACUCGCAUCAGACCUGCUGAACUCCAAAACAGUAACGAUGAUGAGUGCAGUACCACUCUGUUGGCGUUGUUAUCGUCUCUGGGUGAGCGUGUGUCUGAGCUCCACUCGGCCAUCGAUCAGCUGAAACAACACAAAGACUCUGAGAUACACACUCUGCACAAGAGCAUUCGUGACCUGCAGGAGGAGAUGGAGGCGCAGAAUAACCUACAUGCUGCAGAGGGGGCGGAGCUUAAACAGCAAGUGGGCCGGUUUAAAGCUCAGGUGGAGAAAGAUGCACAGGUGCUGCAGCAGAAGGCACAGGAUGAGAAAGCUCUGAUGAAGUUGUGUAGUGAGCUGGAGGAGAAGAUGGAAGGAGCACAGAAACACCGAGCAGAGAACAAUGAGCUGCGUAGGGAGGGGGCGGAUCUGCGCCGGGCGCUGCAGCAGUCUCAGGUGGAGGUGCAGGCUCUGAGGGCGGAGCUAAGAUCCACAGGCCAAUCAGCAGCCAGCACGAAAGACCUGGAGGACAGGAUCCGCCUCCUGAGAGAGGUGGAGAAGCUGAAGGCCAGUCUUCUGGAGGUCGAGGAAUCCAGAUCCAAACUGCUGGACCGAGCAAAGAGACACCAAAUGGUGCAUGCGAUGAAUCAGAGUAAACUGGAGCGUGAGCUUCACCUGCUGGACGAUAUGAUCGAAGCAGUGAGGAAGGCUCUCUCGUCUGUACCUGAUGUAGUAAACUCUUGUCCUGAGCUGCAGAAGUUGGUGGAGUAUCUCGGCUGAGCGAAUUCUGACUCGGUUUCACUUUUUAAUCUGUGUUUAAAACUAAAAUGAUUUUGUGUGUAUAAACAGACAUGUUCUAAAUAAAAAUGUUUUUGGUGUAAAUAUUUUUUUUUCUUCCAUAUUGUUAACACACACAC